AAACAUAUUUGUUAUAGUAUUUAAAAAGAGGAAAAAGACUAGAUUAAAUAAGAAAACUGCUCGCUCUUUCUUUAGUCUCUUCUUCCCCAUUCGCUGUCCCUCUGUUUUUCUUCGGUCCAGACUUGUAGCCAUCGUACAGACGGCUCUCCGCCUUCAGGAUCAGUAAGCCGACACAGCAGCAAGGAACCAGAAGGAAUGGGAUCAUCAACAGCACUUAAAGAACUACAGCGUGAGCUUGAAAAUAAAGCUAAUGAUCUUAGCAAGCUCCAAAAAGAUAUCGCAAAGAAUCACCAAGUGAGGAAAAAGUAUACCAUUCAGCUCGGCGAGAAUGAGCUCGUCCUCAAGGAAUUGGAUUUAUUAAAUGAAGGUGCAAAUGUGUACAAACUGAUUGGCCCAGUACUUGUGAAGCAAGAUUUGGCUGAGGCUAAUGCAAAUGUUCGCAAGAGGAUAGAGUACAUUUCUGCUGAAUUGAAGCGAUUUGAUGCAACUUUGCAAGAUUUGGAAGAGAAGCAGAACAGCAAGAGAGAUUCGGUCUUAAAGUUACAACAGAGGAUCCAAUCGCUGCAGGCUGGAAAAGCCAAGGCAUAAUUGCCCGCAUUAGGUGUCUUCCUGUUUGUCAUGUCACUUUUUUUGAUUAGUUCUGAUGUAGUUGUUUUGUUCGACGUCAUCAAUUGUAGGGACAAAUGUUCUUAAAAUGUUUUCAUAUUCCUCUGCUCAAAUGAACCAGAAACGUAUGAAAGAUUUGUCUUGAAUAGGUGUCAUACUUUGUUUAGCUUUAUUGUUUACCCGAAUCAGUGUUACUAAAUGCUAAAGUAUAUGCCUUAUAUUGAAGAAGUGAUGAAUUGCUAUUGGGAAUUGGAGA